CUUAUUGAGUAAUUGGCCGCUUCCUCUAACCUCUACAUACACCUUUCUCUCUCCAAGAAUAACAGAAACAGGGUAUACUGAGCAAAAUGUCCCUCUCACUACAAUCGACCAAGAAAAUGGUCUCGGGGUACGAGAUCCCUGUUCUCGGAUAUGGUGUCUAUAAAACUCCCCCCGACGUCACCGAAUCCGUAACCCUCAAAGCACUGGAACUCGGAUACCGUCACAUCGACAGCGCCCAACUCUACAACAACGAAGCCGAAUGCGCCCUCGCCAUCAGCCGCUCCAACAUCCCGCGCUCUCAAAUCUUCUACACAACCAAGAUCCCCACCACGCACAUGUCCUACGAGAAAGCCAAAGAAGCGAUCGAGUCUAGUCUAGCAGCUGCCAAGGGAUUGGGGUAUAUCGAUCUAAUGCUCCUCCACGCCCCCUACGGCGGGCGCAGCGGCCGACUCGGCGCAUGGCGCGCCCUCGUCGAAGCGCAAGCAGCAGGGAAGAUCCGCUCGCUGGGGGUAUCGAACUAUGGCAUCCGGCAUCUAGAGGAGCUGGAGGAGUAUAUUCGAGGCGGAGGGGGCGGGGAGAUUUCCGUCGGACAGUAUGAGAUUCAUCCGUGGUGUGCGCGGGAGGAUAUUGUGGGUUGGUUGAGGGCGAGGGGGGUGGUGGUUGAGGCGUAUGCGCCGCUUGUGCAGGCGAAGAGGAUGCAGGAACCGGUGUUGAGGAGGUUGGCGGGGAAGUAUGGGAAGAGUGAGGCGCAGGUUUUGGUGAGGUGGAGUUUGCAGAAGGGAUACGUGCCGCUGCCUAAAUCUGUGACCGAGUCGAGAAUCGUGGAGAACUCGCAGGUGUUUGAUUUCGAGUUGUCCGCGGAGGAUAUGGAGGAGUUGCAGACGACGGAGUAUGCGCCUGUUAGUUGGGAUCCGGCGAGGGAUUCGAAGUUGUAGAUGAACACUCUGGAGAAAGAAGAGUUAGUCGCUGAAUGGAAGUUAGUAUGAAUAGAGCGAGACGAUAGUGAAUAGGAAC